AAAACACCGUAUACGUAAUGCGGAUUCAAACUUCUCAAAAGGCGAAGAGGUGGAACGCAUGAACGUUGGAACUCCCAUAAACAGCUGAUUCUUGUUUACACGCCUAGCUCACUCAGCUCCUUCCUCUCUCGCGCAAUGGCGGCGAGCCAGCUCCUCGCCUCCGCCCUUCUGGCCCUCUGCUUCGCAUGCGGCGUUGUGGCUGCCCGAGACAGCAUCUUCGUCGAGUCACAGGAAACCAGGACCGUCCCGGUGGCUGCAUACAAUGAGGCACUGCACGAGUUUGAGUUCUACAAUGAGACGGUGGAGGCGCCCCGCAGGAAGGCUCUGGGGCUUGGUCAAAGCGCUGGCGUCACGGUGACCUUCUACAAUUCACCUGGCAUGGAUUGCACAACUGGAAAUGGGCAAUGCGGGUACGGCAAUGACGUUGGGGGCAACGCCUACGGAGGUGGCGGCCCUUUUGUGGAGACCUCUCUGUAUCCGUACCACGCCGCGUCUGGCAACUACGACUACCUCGGCGGAUGCGGCGCGUGCGGCGUGCUCAGCUACAACGGCAAGAGCCGGGGCUUUGUCAUCACUGACAUCACUGAUGACGACUCCCAGCAGGGCAGGCCGCACCACAUCGACCUGUGCCUGCCGUCGUUCAACUACUUCACCAACAACCAAGCUGGGGACGGCAGUCACGGCGGUAUCUUCUCUGGCACGUGGACCAGAGUGGACUGCUCGUGCAUGGGGGCACCGGAUUACCCCGACAAUGCAGUCGUCGUCCGCACGCAGGCAUACAACCAGUGGGCGAAGGCUGUCGUCGUCUCCCGUGUGGGGGGCGUCGGGGAGAUCUCCAGCGUCAAUUUCAGGACCCGCAAUGGCGGCUUCACAUCUGGCGCGAAAGUGAACGGGUGGGGCACGUGGUGGAUGCCUACCGGAAAUCUCGGCGGCCAGGGCGGGGUGGACCUGCUUAUCACUCUGAAGGACGGAAAUUCGCUGUCGACGACCGGCUACCCCCUCCCUGACUCUGACAUCUGGCAAACGGGCCAAGUCUACAACGUCUACCAAAACGUCCAAGCUUGGUGCUAACCUGGGUUUUAGGGUUUAGAGUGUUAGGGUUUUAGGGAGCAGCCUCUGCAGUCGUGGGGGUUCUCUAACUGUUGCCUUUUAUCUGGGGACCUUAGGCUUCUUCGAAACUAAGGGUAUUUAUAGGUUCCAAUCUGGUGUUGCUUCUGACGGGAGGUGAUUGAACUGCAGCCGCAAGUUACCUGCGGAGCAGCCAGGUAUAUUCGAGUGUGACAGAAGGUAGUCUUAUACUUCAAUCCUCUAGACUCUGCAGCUGCGGAGCUGAUUGUGAUUGACGAGGGUACUGGUAACUGCACGGUUCAAAGGUCGGACCAAGCGGUCUCGUCCUCUAAUAUUGAUAACUUGUAGAUUUGAAUCUAGAUUAUUCUCGACAUAGGAAACUGCUUCCCUCUCUGCAGCUGCGGGGUUUGGGACUAAGUUAAGGGAUAGUUACUGCACGGUCAAGGAGGUGUGCCAGUCGGUUGCGCCGUCCGUCAAUUGACAGCUUGCACAGAUGUCUGUAGCAAUUUAUCAGAACAGUAGCUAGAGCUCUCACAUUGCUUGCAGCUCAGGUGAAUUGUUGGAUACAACCAGCUAGCAUCGAGAGACAGAUGUCUUUCAAAUAGCUCUUGAAACAUUUCUGGACAUUAGACAUUGGCGAUAUUAUUGAUUCUAGGCUUCUAGGAAGAUUUGAUUCAAAUUAGUGUUGAAAGACAGAAGUCUUUCAAAGAAGUCUUUCAAGUACCUUUUGGUUUAUUGCUCGAUCGAGCCUAUGGACAAACGAGCUUGAUCGAAUUGUUGGAACAGCCUCCUCACAUUUGAUAUUUGAAAGCUUUACUCUACAAGUCUG